CGCUCAGUCGUCGUGUUGUUGCCUUGUUUUUAGUCGCUAAUCGCGGUGUAUGCUGUACAGUCAGUCACCAGGUGUUGUUUCUAACCUCAAACUUUUACGCGCUGACAGUUUUUCUAAAUUGUCGUUGUUUUUUUCCAAUUGAAAAAAAAUCGUGGAGCGUAAUUAUGUCCAAAAUACGCAUUGGCAAACUCAUUUCAUCAAAUUUUGUGAACUUGUUUUUGUAAUUCUCUCCACUGUGGUGUCUUUAUGACUGUUGUUUCUUCGCCGAUACGCAAAAUGAAGGAAUUUCUUCUAAUCACCUGUGUGCUAUUUUUUCAACAACAGCUUAAACUGCUACACGCCGCUCCACCUAUCGAACCCUGCCCACACGACAGCAUCCUCGUCGAAGACACCUGCAAAUGCAACCCCUCCUCCUGCUCCAAACCCCCAUGUCUCCACAACCUCGUCAUUGCUGCCAACAGCACCGACGAGCCUGGCCACUGCUGUCCCAUCUACACCUGCGAGGGUUGCCCCAACUCCACCCUCAUCGACGGCAAAUGCCCUUGCGCCCCCAACGCCACCCUCGACGCCCUAAACACAUGCAAAUGCGUCGACCCACACAGGAAACUCCUCAAUGGAGAAUGCGUUUGCGACGAGGAUUUGUGCGAAUUACCCCAACUUUGCGACAUAAACUCCGUUUCAGUGACGGAGCAAACUGGGUGUUGUCCCACGACGAAAUGUAUUAAAUGCCCUGAUGAUAGUUUUGCUACUAGUAACAAAAACGGGGAGAUUGAGGAUAAAUGUGUGUGUUAUCCGUGUCCAAAAGAGUGUGGACCUGGGGAAAAAGUUGUGAUAGUCCAACGUGGGAAAGGCUUUCCAGGGAGCUGUUGUGAUAUGUACAAGUGUGAAAAAGACGACUCGGAGAAAAAAUGUCUCGUGGAUGGGGUUUGGUAUGGCGAGGGGGACAUUUUGAAGACCUCUGAUACCCAAGUGUGUAAAUGUCAAGAUGGGCUUUCCUUCUGUUGGAACGCCAAAAACGAGGAGUUUUUCCGGCCUUGCCACAAAGAAGGCAAAGUUUAUAAACACGACGAGUCGUGGAUGCUUGACACGUGUACUAAUUGCACGUGUUUCAAUGGGGAGACGAAGUGUAUUGCACACACGUGUGAAGUGUCACAAGGACAUAUCGACAAGCCUGAUUGUCAGGCGUUGAAUUGUAGCAAAGUUUGUGUUGAUGGGUUUAAAUUGAAUAAACGAGGGUGUCCCAUUUGCAAGUGCAAUUCGUUGAAUAAGUAUGAUGAUAUUUUGCACAAGUUUAAUAUCACUAAGAGUGAAUUGAGGGAGAUUCUUGAGGAUUAUUUCGCACGUAACCGAACCAUUUCGACUUCGACGACGGUUGAGACGGGGGUUUCAGGUGGGGACGGUUUGGUGGAUGGUGAUGGGUUUACCACUCCGGUAACUGAAUUAGACGAAAAUUCGCAGCUGGUUACCUGGAUUGUACCAACAAUAAUUCUGGCCAUUUUGGUGGGAACGUUGGUAGUAUUGGGAUUCCGUUGGUGGUGUUGCACGAAGAAGGGAAGAAAAGAACCAAAAACUGCCCGAUCUACCACUUACGAGAGAAUAAAAUUAACGAAACCAACGAUGUUUAAUAACAAUUACAUCGGUAAUAACAAUAAAGACGAACAGAAUGUAAAAAAUAUUAAAGGUAGUGUGUGAGUAGUAGCUGAAAUCAUUUAUUUAUCGUUUCCUUUGUGAUAUCUUUUGCAACAAGACUAUUUGUUGUGUAGAUGAAAAUAACUGAAGUAUUUUAAGUUGGUAUUUCUGAUAAAAUCAACGUGUAGCUCUAUUUAUUGUUAGUAUAAUAGUGGUGAUUAAUUCCGCUUCAUAACUGAUUUUGUGGAUUUGCGAAAGAACUGAACAAAAAAAGAUUUUUUUCUUGCCGCCAUACAUUGGAAAAAUCGGUGUGGUAGAGCUAAUUCUGUGAUUUUUUACUAAAAAAUUUAGUUCUUUUUGCAUUUUCUCUAACAUUUUAAAAUUUUGAUACAUUUUUUAUGCAGCUGAAACUGUAAUUUCCAAUGGAUGGCACAAUCAACAGUUUAAAAAAUGAUGUACAUAAUUUUAUUACUUUAAAAAUUUACAACUACUCUUCGGUAAUGUUGAGGAUAAGUUGGAUUGUUGUAAAAUUAGAAAUUUUAUGUAAUAUGAAUUUUAAGUUGUAAGUAAUGUUCCUAUAUUUAAGAAAUAAGAAUAUUUUUUUAGGUAAUUUAUUUUUAGCAAAAUUUAUUUUUCAGUAUUUUGAAAGUAUUUUUGUAAAGUAUUUUUAUGUACGGUUAGGAAGUGAUAAGGAUGGAAAAAUAACAUGUUUGAUGACAAAAUUUUAAUCCUAGUUCCUUUCUUAAUUUUAAUAUAACUCAAUGCAAUAUAAUAACACAAACAUAAGUCUCUACAACGAAUUCGUGUAUAACACAUACGCCUAAUGUACCUAUUUAAUUCUUUUGUUACUAGAUUUGCUAUUAAUUAGGCUUAGCUUACAUGUUAUACUAUUUUAUUUAUAAUUAUUUUUAAACCAUGUAAAUUAUUAUUAUGUAUAAAGUUCAAAUAAAAAAUUACCUUUUUCUGUU